AUGUUUCGCCUUGUUUGUCGUGGUCAAGCUUCGUCGCUCUUUUCUACCUUCCUGGCUAUUGCCGGAACGGCGGCUGCUACUAGAUCGUUGUACAAUAAAAAAGCAGUGUGCGCCGAAUCGAGUAACUCCCACCGCCGACCACAUGGAAAACCUAUGAUGUUUAUACGCGAUCGAGAAGAGUUUGCCCUUAAAUGGAAAAAGUUUACUACUGAUCAAAUGAACAAACUCGUAGUUAUUGCUGACUUCGACUACACACUCACUUCAGCCUAUAAAUCCACAGACGAACAGGCUGUAAGUUCUCACAGUCUUCUCAUGGAAAGCGAUGCGCUAGGUCCAAACGCUGAGAUUGUCGCACGAGAGAUUUUUGAGAAAUACUUCCCAAUUGAGCAGUCACCAACGCUCACAAAGGAGGAAAAACUUCCUUUUAUGAUUGAAUGGUGGACCAAAACACACGAGCUUAUGAUAAAGCACGGCGUAUCGAAAAAUGCGAUCAAGAAGGCGGUGGAAUCGAGUGAUAUCAAGUUACGAGAAGGAUUCAUGGAACUUUUUGAGCUGCUAGCAAGAAAUAAUGUACCAACACUUAUCUUCUCGGCGGGACUAUACGACGUGAUUCACGCUGUACUGGACAAAGAGUAUGCAAACACUUCAGCCAAGACCCUACCAAGAAAUGUGCAUGUAAUUUCUAACGUGAUGUCCUUUGAUGAACAUGACAAAGUGAUCGGAUUUGAUGGAACGCUGAUCCACAGUUUAAACAAGAGCGCAAGUGCGAUAUUAGAGACAGACUUUUGGAAACAAUGCCAACUGGAAAAGCGACGCAACAUUAUCUUGUUAGGAGAUUCGCUUGGAGACUCAAAUAUGGCCGACGGACUGAAUUUUCAACAAGAUGAAAUCGUGCGCAUCGGGUUUCUUAAUGACGGAUCGGACGAAAAACUAGACUUGUACUUGCAAAAGUUCGACGUUGUACUUACAAACGACUCGAGCUUGUUGCCAGUCGAGCUGCUAAUGCACCAAUUAUUGCAGAAGUAG